GCGAGGGAGGUGACUGAGCGGCAGAGGAGGAUGAGAAGAGACCAAAGAUGAAGAGGCGGAGGAGGAGGAGGAGGAAGAUGAGGACAGGUGUGAUCCUCCACAGCUCGGGUGUCUGUUUAGCCAAGAGCGGCAGCAGCAGAGCAGAGGAUUAUGGGAUUAUGGUCAGUGUCGAUGGUCAUGUGAGCCGGCAGUGUCGACGCUGACCCUGCUUACCUUCUCUCAGUAAGGAAGCUUAACCUGGCUGUGAAGGUGAGGUCACACACACACACACAUGCCCACACACACCUGCCCGCCCAUCUUUCUUUCCCCUAGACAAUUUCCCAACAACUCCUCUGCCUCUCUUUGGUUUUCUUUUUCUUUCUCUUUCCACAUUUUUUGGUGUAUUUUCCUUCUCAUUUCUCCUCCCUCUCUUUUUCCCCGUUGACACAUUUUACAUCUCUUUUUAAUUCUCUCCGUCUAUUCCUGUCUCUUCCUCUCCCUCCCUCCCUCCUCCCUCCCUCUCUCGAGCUCUCUCUUCCGGCUGUCAGGCUCCUCUUCGCUGCAUGUUACACAUGCAAAGCUUAUCCAUGCCCUCGCAAAGCCAACAGGGUUCCUUGAUUUUCCUACAUGGACGAGUGAAGAAUAAAAAAGACAGAGGGAUAAAACACCUUAAUGUCAAGAGCAGAAAGUCAGACGAUGUCCAGACUGUGAGGAGUAAAUACAAGAAUAACUCCGGCCUCGGAACAUGAUCGGCUGUGAGGGCCUGCAGGGGUGAGAGCCUGAGAGGUGGCCGCUCCAAUGGCGUGGACCGAGCCACGGUCGCGUCCAGACCGAGAGCCAGAACUAGAACCACAACUGACACCUCAUCGCAGGACUCAAAUAUCAGCCACAACCUUUUCAACAACCAUUCCUCAAGUCCAGCCUUCGAUUUUUGUGACCGUCAUCAUCCUCCUGCUUACUGCCUUUGCUGACCUCUGUGCAGCUGGUCCAGCUCGCCCCCCUCUCCUGUCUGGACAGCCUUUCAUCAUCUUCUGGGGCAUCCCCGACUCGUCUUGCUCCGGUCGGAUAGAUCCCAGAUCUUUUGGGAUGGAGCGGGAGGGCCGCGUGGCUGUCUUUUAUGAGGACACGCUGGGGAACUACCCAUAUUUUGUAGACAAAGACACUCCGGUCAAUGGGGGGCUGCCGCAACACACGCGACUCAACAACCACCUCCAGAAGACACAGCAGGACUUGGAGGUAGCUUUACCUGCGCCAAGGUAUCUCGGGUUGGGGGUGCUGCGGUGGGCAGAGUGGUCCCCCCAGUGGUUGAGGAAUCGAGAGAAGCAGGUUAUGUAUCUGGAAGCAUCGAGGAACCUGAUGAAGGCCUUUUUUCCUACCUGGACCCCGGAGGAGGUGGAGAAGUGGUCGCAGGUGGACUUCGAGGCAGCAGCCCAGUCAGUAAUGAUGGAGACUCUACGGGAGGCGAAGAAACUACGGCCCAAAGCAUUAUGGGGCGUCUCCCCUUACCCCAGCUGCUACAACGGCGACCCCGCUCAAACCCUGUUGGCCAAUUACAGCGGCCAGUGCCCGGCUGCAGAGAUGGCACUUAACGACGAGCUGCUGUGGCUGUGGAAGCGAUGCUCCGCCCUCUACCCGCUCCUCACUCUGGAGAAGCUGCAGGGCGGGACCUCCGGGGCCAGGCUCUAUUCAUCCAGUCAAAUACGAGAAGCACUACGAGUAUCCUCUCUGACCGGGAUGACGUUUGAUCUUCCCGUAAUCCCACUGGUCAAGAGCGUCUACACCUCAACUAACACUUUCCUAUCGCAGACGGACCUGGUCAACACUAUAGGAGAAAGUGCUGCAUUGGGAACAGCUGGAGUUGUCAUCUGGCAGAGAAGUGAGACUAAAACAGAGAGGGAGUGCCAGGACCUGGGAGAGUUCGUCCGCCAGGUCCUGGGACCCUACUCCGUCAACGUGACCACGGCAACGCGACUCUGCUCGGCCUCCCUCUGCCAGGGAAAGGGCCGGUGCGUCCGUCAGACGCCAGAGAGCUCGGCCUAUCUCCACCUCCCGCCGCCGCCCGACGUGGUGGAGAAGGUGACGGAGAAGCCAGAGGCAGCAAAAGCCACAGAUCAGCCAGAGACAGACACCAAACCGGCUGAACCAGAACCAGAACCAGAACCAGACCCAGACCCAGACCCAGACCCAGCGGAGAUAUGGAAGAAGGACUUCCAGUGCCAGUGGUACAAGACGGCAGACGGCGACGUCUCAGACCAACAGUCGCCCAAAGACGGCGCGUCUCUUGGGGGGAAAGCAGAAGAACCCGCUGGGGGAGUCGUGAGACCCACUUCUGCUUCUACGACAGCGUCGACGACAAAAGGUGCCUCCGUGACGGAGGUAAGAGGAAGCGGUUCACCAGGUACUGCGAGUCCGGCGCCUUCGCUGGGGGCAUCUAGUCCGGCGCCUUCGCUGGAGGCAUCUACAGACGGUGGUACAAGUCCACCGAGUGCCCCACGCCUGACUCUCCUGCUGCUGCUGGUGAUCGGACGUCUAUGCCUCGAACCUUAAAUUGUGAAAUAAACCUACCUUCACCUGGAAGGUCAGGGCUGUAACGGCCCUUCAUAAGUGCCCUUGAGCAAGACACUGAAUCUCUGCCGGCCGCGGGAGUGCUGCUCUGUAGCUGAACGUGACCUGAAUGAAGCAUCACAACAAAUAAAGAAAAAACUAUAUCAGGAGCUGGAUGUCCGAAGCUAUCACUGGAUGUGCCAAGAGACGGGGUUACAAACAAUUUUCAGUUUCUACUGGCUGUGUUUUAAACCUUUUUCCGGAAAAAAGGGAGAAAUGAUAUGGUAGAUAAAGACUAAUUAAUCAGUGUGCUGCUUUGACUAGUUCCACAGUCUUCCAACCACAAAAAAGCAAUCUGUAAAACCUGCAAUCAUCAUUUUUGAAAAUGUAUUCUUUCCUUCCGGUCACUGAUGUUAUGUGGAAAUGGUUUCCUAAUUUCAAGGCCUCAUUUACCAAACCAGAUUUCACUUCAGUAGAAAAGCUUCUACAAAUUAAAACUACUGACAGUGAGGUGUGUUAUUUAUCCAAAGUGACUGGGACGGUACUUUGGAUUUCAUUUUCCCAAUUUUGUUUGCACCACAAAUAAAAUUACAUUCACUUUCAUUUUAUUGAAGUGUCAGUAGAAAUCUCAAAAACAGCACAUGGACAAAUAAAACCAAAACUGGAAUGGCAGUGAUUAAAGCUCACACAUCCACCAAGGUCAAACGAUCCUACAGGAUCCUCACAUAAUUAUAGCAGAAAUAUAAAUGGAAAAAAUAUGGUCUGAUAACUGCAAUGCACAGAUGUAAACGAUAAAAUGAAUGAUGGCUGAAUUCUAUUUCGCUGUUUCGGUCUCAGGGUGCUGGUAUUGUCCAUGCUGGCUCGCUCUAAUGGCUUACUGGGACACUUGAACAGAAAAGACUCAAUCGAUCAAAAUUGUUGUCAGUGACAACAGUACUUCUCCUCCAAUGGCAAGUCAAAAUGUCAGAGCAACUCCAGCAUGUAAUUGAAAUAUAAUGUUGGCUAUAAAUGCAGUAUAUAUGUUUUUUCAUACCUCUGAAGAAAUUGGGGGGGGGGGGGGAGGGUCACAGUAGGUAACCGGUAUUUAUGUAUAUAUUAUUUUUAUAAGUCAGUGUUGUUUAUAUCUGUUUCUUCCACAUCCAAAUUCCCCAGUGCUCCCUGAGACAGUUUGUUGAACAAAAGACUCAAACGGUUGUUUU